AUGGAAAAGAAAACCUAUGGAAAGCACACCUACUUUGUUUGUCACAAGUCACAUAAAAACAGAUCUACAAAUAAUAUCAUUUCAAUAUAUUCGGUUCCAAGAUUUGUAUUCCAUGCAAUGCAAAUAUCUGCUGCCAGCUUUACUAUAGGAAUUGAUAUGGUAAAUUGGAGCUCUGAAUUUCUUACCAAUGAUGUAAAAUCUGCAAUAGGAUUGAUAGGUGGAUUAGCAAAUAUGAAUAUUGAAAUAGGAAUACCAGACUUUGUAAAAAAGAUCUUUUCUAAAAAUCCAACUCAAUCAGCAUCAUCAAAUUUAUUAAAAGUUGAUUCAGAUAGGUCCAGGUUUAUCAAAAAGGAGGAUGAAUGUGGUUCAAGAUUGUCUGGUGAUGGUGGUGAAAAAGAUAGUGAUGAGAAUGAUGCUGAAGAUUUUGGAGUAUAUAAGAAAAGACAUGAGGAUCAAAUAUGGCCACCCGAAGACCAAUUAAUAUACAUGCCUAAAUCUAAAGAAGAAUAUGGUGAACUUCCCCAACUUGGAUUAGAAAAAAUACAUGUCACGAGAAUGUUUUGCUCCUCUCUUUGUGAUGAGAAUUGA